UUUCAGGCAUACGCCGCCGGGUGCAAUAUUGUAAUUCUAGCUAGCACUUUCGAACGAGUGCAAAUAAUUCCAGGAGCAACACAUGGUUACGUCAAAAUUUCUGCGCUCGAUUGUAGUACCGAUACUGGAAAAAUUGCAGCAUCUUACGAAAAUAAAAUAUGCAUAUUUGAACCCACACCAGUGCUUCUCAGAAAUAAAAAUAUUAAACACUAUUUGGAUUACAGAUGGGUACAAACCGGAUCAUUCUUAUGCAACUAUCACGUUUUCACUCUAUCAUGGAACUUAGAAGGAACGCGCCUUCUUACCGGCGGAUCCAUUAUAGAAAUGUGGAAAGAAAAAACUUCAGAAAAAGUUGAAGAAAGUUCAAAUGGUGUCAAAUUCGAAAUUGGCGGGGGUGACCGCGGCAACAAAACACCAACUAAUGAGCCCCAGGAUGAAGUAGUAACAUGGGACACUAUAUGGUCGUGUCAAACUGCAAUUCCCAUUUAUCAUAUGGCAUUCAGUCCCGAUGGUACCCUUUUUGCGACAUGCGGGCGAAAUGACAGACUUGUGAAAAUUUGGUAUGAAAAUAAGCAAGUUCUUUUUCCUUCUAAAAACGGUACUAAAACUGUCUUUGGAAACGAUGCAGAACUAAAUUUUACAUAUGUUUAUAUUGCACACCCUCGUGCAGUAACAAACAUCGCGUGGCGUAAAACAAGCAAGUAUAUGCCGAAGGGAUCCGUAUCGAACAUGAUAGUAACGUCAUGUCUUGACAAUAUCUGCCGUAUUUGGAUCGAAACUGUAUUACCAGAUGAUGGUUUAAUUAAUAUGACCCAAUUCGAUCCGUUAGCAUCACAAAAUCCAAAAUUUAGGACACAACGCCACAAACAUCGUUUCAUGCAACGAUUAAAACAUAUGAAGACCUGUUUUCAUAUUAGAAGGCACGCGAAAGCGGGGUCUGGAAUUACUAAUUACCAAGCUAAUGUUUUAACUGACGCAUUUCACGGACCAAUACCGUCUUUACCGUCAUCUUGUAGUGUUCACGACUUUCAUUCAUAUGGGUUUCAUAGCACGGGCGUAUCUCCCGGUAUGCAUUUUCACUUGGCGGCGUCAAUUAAUGCUGAAACGGAUAUUCCACUUGUUCCUUCAAUGCAUUCGUCGGAUAGUUCUAAUCAAAACAGCUUUAUUUUACAUUGGCUUAAUAAUAAGGAAAUGAAUUUUUCCCUUCAGGCUGAAGUUAUACUCCAGGAACUGACUAAAAAAAUAAUUGACGAAGAAAGUACUAAUACGUCAAAUAAUAAUGUCUCUGAACAGCAGGAACUAGAAGUUGCUGAUGAAUCUAAAAAGAAGUUUUUCCGGGCUUUAUCGAAGUCAUUGUCGGCAGAAGAUAGUUGCUCGGAAGAGUACAAGAUUUCACCUCAUCAGAGUAAGACUGGCAUUUUACAAAAUACGAAUUCAAUGUCGAACACAGCAUCUCUGAAUUCUUUAAACGAAAACAACCCGACCAUUAAUCAUUUUGCUGACUCUCUGGACUUCAAAAUUGAAUGUUUAUUAAGGGAUUGGCACCAAGGUCCCGAUCUUGUAUUUGCAAUUCAUCCUAUAGAUGGAAGUUAUCUUAUAUGGGUAGUUGAUUGGCUGGAUGAUUAUUACCCAGGAUCCUUUCGCCAAGCACAAAUUUCGUUCUCCACACGCAUUCCAUCUGCGUUUCCACUCGGUGACGCAAUGUCUAUGUCAACAACAGUUAGUUUGUACAAUACAGGUUCUCCGCCUCUAAUUUUUCGAGAAAUUGCAAACAGCGUGAAAAGUAGAAGCGAAGAAAAUACAUCACUAAAAGAAUCGCCUAAUUCUUCCCCUAUGAACAAACCUAACAAUCCCGAAAUAAACGAACAGUGCUUCAACAAUCUAACAAACAGUCUUUCGCCGUCUGUUUCUAUGGUAACCAAACAUUCCAAUGGAACCUUAAACUUGUGGCAACUAACUUUUGCUCUUAAAACGAAAUUUACUCAAGUUCUCAGCAUUGGUCAUGUUUGCAGAGCUUCCGGACACCGCUUCAGAGUUAACGAUAUAACUUGUCAUCCCGUUUUACCACUUCUUGUCUCAACUUCUCAUCAUAAUUUGCCAGAAUCCGAAAAGAAAUCACCUUGUAGUGCUGAAAAUCUUCCUUACAACAAAGAUGUUUUUACUCCUUCUGGAUUUUGCUCUGAACUUAUUUUGUGGAGAGUCGAUUCCGUUGGUCCACUUUGCCAUUCGGGUGGAGUAAGUGAAUUAGCACGCAUUAAUUCCCCUGAAAUAUCUGCAUUUAGCAACGUCGCAUGGAUUCCAACUCUGCUUCCGAGUACAACCUUAGGAAACAGUAGUAAUUCCCCAUCAGCUUGUUUUGUUGCCAGUGAUGGAGAAAAUCUACGAGUUUAUCAAGCAGUCAUCGAUGCACGCACCCUGCUUGCAGAGAUAUCCUCUUCGGAAAAUGUUCAUAGCUUCUAUAAAACCAAUUCAAUGACAUCAAUUUAUUCGAAUGCUUCAUCCACCUUUAAAAUGAGAAAAACACCAUUUCAUGAAAAACUUAAGGUUGUGUCUCAGCAAUCUACUGCACGUCCUGGAUGCAUAAUUCAACUUGAUCCAAUAUCAGAAGCUAAACACGAUUGGCAGAACACUCAAUUUCUACAUGUUUUCCAAGCACAGUUGAUUGAUGGAGGUCAUCGAAUGGAAACGGAUUUAGAUGCAAUUGUUGAUCUUCAACAACAUUUUGAAUUUAAAGAGCCUUUUUAUAUCGUCAUAAUUGAAAAAACUAUUAAAGGGAGUACAAUUCAUAUGUGGCGUAUCAUUAUUUCCUCAAAGGAACAAAAAACUUUUCUAUCAGAUACCGCAAUGUAUGUUCCUGACAGCAACAUUGUACAAGAUAUGGAAGAAUCCGACUUAGCGCAACGAAGAAUGUCAGGCGCUAAUAUAUUACUUAACAAUUGUGAAGAAACAGGUAGUGAUACAGCGCAUAUGACUAUACAAACAGAAAAAGUUUGUACUCAAGAGCUGCCUAUGCCCGAAGGGGUUGAUGUCAUCCAUGCCUCCCCAGCCGCUGGUCAUUUAAGUUCUUCGUCUAUUUAUCCGGCUUGUUAUGCUCCCUACAUAGUAGUUACUGCCUGUUCAGAUUCGAUUUCCCGAUUUUGGAAAUGCGAAACUAUUUCAGAUGAUACUGAAGAUAUCUCUAAAAAGAUAUACAAAUGGGCCGAAUGGAAAAUGUCAAGUAGAGUACAGGAUUCAGCUAUAGAAAUUCCUGGACAACCUUUAAAUAUUAGUGCGGCGUAUUCUGGACGAGUAGCCUGUGCUUAUAAAUAUGGAAAGAGCUUCACUCGUCCAAAUAAAGGUGACCCAGAUUCGAGAUAUAUAAAUCUUUGCGUGGCUAUUUAUGAAUGUGAAAGCUCUGGUGGGAGCGAAUGGGUACUAGAAGAUACAAUUCACUUAAAAAAUGUACAUUUACCGCGAAUGAACAUUGAUCAUGGCAUCGAUCUUAGUUAUUUACAUGAUAGUCGACUACUGCAAAAGAAACAACGUCUGAACCAAGUCUUCCAAACAUUUACGCAAGAUGACGCCAGAUCACCACGAAGUGGUGAUACAACACCUGAACUCACAACAAAAACGAGUGCUACAGGACUCCUUGCAGUUCCAAGUUUUAGUACGCUACAAUCUUUGAGAAAAAGUAUCGCUGAAAAUGGAAAUACGUGUCCAUUAACUCAAAAGCAUCUGGUUCAAUUAGAUUGGGUAUCAAAGGAAGACGGUUCGCACAUAUUAACAGUGGCCGUAGGCAGUAAAAUACUUCUGUAUACUGCUGUUUCAUCAGAUAUCGCCCAGGCUAACAUCAAAGCCAUGAAAGUGUCAAGAUCAGCAAACCGGCCAAUUUUGCGUAAAGCAAGUUCUUUAGCUCAGCCACAUUUUAACGACGAAAUACGUUGGAUGAAAUUGCGGCAAAUUGACUUACAUACGGCCGAUGGUUUGCCACCAUUACCUAUGCAAAUAUCAUGGGUUCGAGAUGGAAUAUUGGUGGUAGCAAUGGAUUCCGAAAUGCAUGUUUAUUCACAAUGGAAGCCUCGCUUUAACCAGGAACAUAGCGUGGAAGACCUCUUCGAUUCUAGAAAUCUUCGCGAUGAAGAUUUGAGAUCCUUGGCCAACGAGUCAACGCAGUUACGGCUAAAAACUGCGUCAUCCAUACCAUUAAUAAGUAAAGUGAGCACUACUAAUCUGCAAUUGCUCUCUAACGAAAAACGGAAAAGAUAUGGAAACUCAAACACAAGUGUACCAACGGGAUGCGAGUCAGCGGGCGAUGAUUAUAUGCCUGAUUUUGGUUUAUUUCAGGCUUCUCGUAUAGCAUGCCCGGUACUUCCACAAUAUCACCCAAAGCAACUAAUGGAGCUGCUUAAUUCGGGGAAAAUAAAUUGGGUCAAAGCAAUAUUAGCCCAUUUAGUGCGCUGCAUGAGUGGUCCAAACGAAUACACAUCCACUUCAGAUGACGGAAGCUCAGAGAAACAGAGAGCUUGGUCCAGAUCUCGAACAUUAUCCAUUAGUUACGUCGGGGAUACAAAUGUAUCAAAUGAGCACCGAGGUUCAACUACACAGGUCCCAGAAGAGCUGAUGCUUGAUUAUACUGAAAUUACAUCCAUACCUCCUUUACCUCUUUGGGUGCUGUUGAAUGCUGAUAAUGAAUUACCAGGACAAGGCAUGAAUAUUCUAGAAAAAAGUAAAGAUUACAAUGAACUUUUCGAAAUGAACAAAUCGGAAGAUAAUUUAGAUGAUCUUCUUGAAAACGAGGACGAUCAAUGCAAAUUCGAGAGAAAAUUGUCCAUGCCAGAGAAACUGAGUAUAGCACAUUUUGGUUCACGUCAGGGCCAACUAUUGUCGCGCCUUCUCACCCACACUCAUUUGCCUGGCUUGUCGUCGUUAGAUCAAAUGCAUUUGUUAGCCCUGGCUGAUACUGUAGCAAACUUCAACAGCGAUUUUAACGAGAAAUUCGCCUCCGAUCAUGGAAAAAGCGUAUGCAAAGAUGUUUCUGGCAAUGCAAUGUCAGAAUCAUUGGAUGAUUGCGGUCUACGAUUUUUACUCGCUAUGAAACAUUUUACUUACCUCUUGCGCUGUUUGCCAUUAAAUCAGAGAGCCCAAUUUCAGAAGCAAGGCAUUGGAACAUCAAAUAUAGUAUGGGCUUUUCACUCUGAAAGUGAAGAAGAGCUUUUAAAUCUUAUUCCAUCAUAUUCAAAAGGAGAUUUACGAUGGGCAACACUGAAAGAUCUGGGUGUGGGAUAUUGGUUAAAAAAUAUAAACAGCUUGCGUUGUUGCGUGGAAAAACUAGCUAAAAGCGCAUACCAAUUAAAGCAAGAUCCGUUAGAUGCGGCGAUAUUUUAUUUAGCUAUGAAAAAGAAGUCAAUAGUAUGGGGACUUUUCCGAUCUAAGCGAGAUGAAAAGAUGACCGCUUUUUUUUCAAAUAAUUUCUCCGAAGAUCGAUGGAGAAAAGCAGCGCUUAAGAACGCAUUUGUUCUGCUCGGAAAACAACGCUUUGAACAUGCAGUUGCAUUUUUCCUUCUUGCAAAUUCUUUAAACGAUGCCAUAGAGGUCUGCAUAAAUAAAUUAGAGGAUUUUCAACUCGCUUUAGUAAUAGCAAGACUCUUUGAAGAUGACAUUGAAAUUUCGAAUAAAUCAACUUACUGUAGCUUACUCUCCGAACAUAUUCUCGGACUUCGGGAUGAAAACAGUUCGUUUGAUGUCAGUAAAGCUCACCCAGAUCCUUUCCUUCGAUCAAUAACUUACUGGAUCUUAAAGAGGUAUCAAGAAAGCUUGCAUACAUUAUUACUAAACGGCGUUGGCAUGAACCAUACUGCUUUCAAAGAAGAAGAUAUGUUAAAACCAGAAAACUCCUCAACAAAUCCUAAUGUUUUCAACUUCUACAUAUAUUUACGUACACAUCCUUUACUAGUACGACAGAGCUUAGCUUUAUCUGCACAGGAGAAGAAAUGUGCAAACGUUGUGCUGUCGGGAUUUAGCUAUUCUGGAGAGAGUCAAAUAUCAAAAUCAAAUGAUAAACAACUGCAACUUGAAGACUCAAUAACACCCAUUGAAAGACAACUUUAUUUUACAACUGCGCAUGCACACUUUAAAGCAGGAUGUCCAGCUUUAGCCUUGGAAGUUUUGAAUAAGUUGCCAAUGAAAAUUAUGGACGCAAACAGUAUUUUUGAAGAAGCUUCCGCCCCUAUUCAAAAAGUAGAUCAAAUAACUUCUGGUAUAAUUGACUGGGGGGAACCAGUGGUUGAUUCAGCUGCAAAUUUUGAUUGGGGUGCUCCGGUUUCAUCUGUGAACGAAGAACCAUUCGAAAUAAAAUGGGAUGAUUGUGGCGUACAAGAAGAUGGCGGAAGUACGUCACAAACUAAAACCGAAACAGUUACUCGAGAUACAGCGGAAAAAGUUCCGAUAGAAACUGCAAAAGAUGUAAAAAUAGAUAUUAUGGCACAGCAACUAAAAUUUGUAGCAUGUUUAAAAAUUUUGAUGGAGGAAUUGUCGACUUUAGCAACUGGUUUCGAAGUUGAUGGCGGCCAGUUGCGAUAUCAACUAUACAUCUGGCUAGAAAAGGAAGUAGACGCAUUAAAACAACUUUGCAAUUACUGCAAUUACGAUGUCGUUAAUUUGGAGACUUCUGCACAAAUAUCAGACCCCACACUUAAUGUAAGUAUUAAAUAUACUUUAGUAACGAUAAUUUUAAAAUAUCUAAUGAAAUCGACGCUGUAA